GCUCAUGUAGGUAAUAACACGGGUCUAAUUUGAACAUUUAUAACAUCGUUCAGCACUAAUUCAAGCUGUUGCCAACUUCUGCGGGCCCUGACUUGGUUUGCUAACAAAAUAAUAGAUCAAGGCAGCUCUUGUUUUUUCCCAAACAGACACCAAGUCUCUUAUGCUAUGUGAUCACAAUUUUUUCUGCAAGUACUGAAUUUGACUCGUGCUAUUCGUAAGAGCUGUGGAAUUUUUCUCCAGCCUAAAAGAUCUGUUGUGUCAUGUUUUUCUCACGUGUGUGUGCAGGAAAAUAAUGCCCAUCAGGGCCAAAACAAUUAAAGCCAGUCAAAAGAAUCAGUAGAAAUCUUGAAGGGGGAAGAGUGUAUGACCCGAACUCAGAAGCAGAAAGAGCAGCAAGAUAAAUAAAAUCAAGCAUCGGUACAGAACUAAUCUGAUGAGCAAGAGAAAAAAGGAAGAGCGAGACCAUCAGCGCAAGAGGCCACUAAGUGUAACAGAUACAGACCUGAUGGGAAAAGGCAAAGGAAGAGAUGCCCUACCUGCCAUCAGCUAUACAGAUCAACAAAUACCUUUUUGGAACUUGCGUACAAAUCAUCAACCAUUGCAACUCAAGGAACCAUGCAUGUGCAGGUGCCGAAUUCACUAAGUGUAACAGAUACAGACCUGAUGGGAAAAGGCAAAGGAAGAGAUGCCCUACCUGCCAUCAGCUAUACAGAUCAACAAAUACCUUUUUGGAACUUGCGUACAAAUCAUCAACCAUUGCAACUCAAGGAACCAUGCAUGUGCAGGUGCCGAAUUUGCAAGGUGUUACGAGGAAAUUCAAAUCAUCAACCAUUGCAACUCAAGGAACCAUCAGCUGUACACAGUGCAGUAACUGUGAAGCAAAUUACCAAACAAAGACAAGAAAAUGAAUUAGCAAGAACAGCAAGGAUGAAGAGGAAACUUGUGUUGAAGGAGCAAUUCAACACAAAUACUGGUAGUAAGAUAUGGAAUUUUGAGGAGGCAGCUAUAAGAAAACAACAAACACUGGGCUGGAGAUUGCAAAAAUUAUGCACUUGCCAACGUUGCCACACGUUCGGGGCAAAAUCAAAUUAUCAACCAGCACAAGUCAUGGAAUCAUCAGCUGUAAACAGUGCAAUAAUGGCUGACCAGAUGAUGAAACUAAGACGCCAGGACGACUUAACAAGAACGGCACGAAUGAAGAGGAAAGCACGAAUUCAACUUAAUAAGAGCAGAAAACGUGCCAGAAUCAAUAAUGGUGAAAUAGACAGGGUUGACAAUUCUAAUGCCAGUAAGAUAUGGAACUUUGGGGGGCCAACAUGCAUCUGCCAGCACUGCCAUGCACUUAUGUGGCAUGGAGAAAAACUACAAUCUUCCAGUAGCACACAACCAUCCUUUGGACAAUGCUGCAAACAAGGGAAGAUUAUCUUGCCGCCAUUUAAAGAACCACCGCCUUACCUUACAAGUUUAUGACAAGGGGUGGAGGGGAAAUAUCAGCAAACUACCGAAAAAACAUUAGGUCUUACAAUUCCAUGUUUGCGUUCACAUCAAUGGGGGGGACUUUGGAUAAGGAAAUAAACAAAGGGCGUGGACCUUAUGUUUUCCGACUGAAUGGUCAGAACUGCCACCAGAUAGGAACCCUGCUACCUGAAGAAGGAAAUAAGCCUCGUUUUCAACAGUUGUAUAUCUAUGACACAAAGAAUGAGAUCCAGAACAGGAUAGAAGCAUCAAGGUCUGGUAAACGUGAUGCCUCACUAGAUGAAAAAAUUGUCAGUGGCCUACUAACCAUGCUCGACAAGAAUAACACAUUGGCACAAUCGUUCCGGAUGGCAAGAGAUAGAUUUAAAGAAAAUGACUACAAUAACUUGACUCUAAGGUUACUCGGUGAUAGGGAUCAAGAUGGGAGACAACACAACAUGCCAUCAACAUCAGAAGUUGCCGCGUUGAUAGUCAAAGAUCCAACCCAAAGAUAUGGACGUGACAUUGUUCUUGAGUACAAAGAUAAGAAACCUAAAAGGAUAUCAGAAAUCCAUCCAAAAUUCAUGGCCAUGCAAUACCUGUUGCUCUUCCCAUAUGGAGAAGAUGGUUAUAGACUUGGAAUAAAAUACAACAAAAGGAAAGGUUUAAGUAACAAGAAAUACAUCAGCAUGCUGGAAUACUAUGCAUAUCACCUCCAACAGCGCCCAGGCCAGUCGAUGUUAAUGCUAACGUGUGGAAAUCUGUCAAUGCAGUUUGUGGUUGAUGUCUUCACAUGCAUCGAACAUAAUAGGCUCCACUGGAUCAGAGAAAAUCAAGGAAUUUUACGAACGGAACUUUAUGACGGACUACAGGAUGCAUUCAGAAAAGGAGACACGCGGACAGAACAAGUAGGCAGGAGAAUAGUACUCCCAGCAAGUUUUACAGGAAGUCCUCGAAACAAAGAGCAAAACUACCAAGAUAUGAUGGCAAUAUGCCGUUGGGCUGGACAACCCCAAUUGUUCAUAACAUUCACAUGCAACCCUAAUUGGCCAGAGAUUCGGUUGAUGCUAAAUGAAGCUGGGAACCAGAAGCCAGCAGAACGUCCUGAUAUUAUAGUUCGAGUGUUCAUGCUAAAACAGAAAGAGCUAAUGUCUGAUAUUAGCAGAAAACAGCAUUUUGGAAAGACUAAAGCAACCGUCUACGCAAUAGAAUUUCAAAGGAGAGGACUCCCACAUGCCCAUAUUCUAAUUUUCCUUGAAAACGGACAAAAAAGUCUCAAGCCCUCACAAAUUGAUGAAAUAAUAUGCGCUGAGAUCCCGGACAAUGACAAGGAUCCAGAAACAUUCAAAGCUGUCAAGAAUUUUAUGAUGCACGGACCGUGUGGAGAGGCAAAUCCAAAGUCCCCGUGCAUGGAGAAAUAUAUGUGCACCAAGCGCUUUCCAAAAAUAUUUUCUGAAGAGACGAUCAUAGAUGAAGACCAUUUCCCACGAUACAGGAGACGAGACAAUGGGCGACAAAUAGAUAAGGGAGGAGUCAAAAUGAACAAUGGUUUUGUUGUACCAUACAACAAAGAUCUGCUGGUGAAAUUCCAAGCGCACAUAAAUGUGGAGUGGUGUAAUAAAUGCAUGUCAAUCAAGUACCUCUUUAAGGACAUACACAAAGGAGAUGACCAAGCAACAGCACUGGUUCAAGAAAAAGUACCAUCAAAGACUGAUGAUGAGAUUAAAAUGUACCUAAGAUGUAGAUACAUAACAGCGACUGAAGCAUGCUGGCGAAUAUUCAGAUUCCCUCUGCAAUACCAAGAACCAUCUGUUGAGAGGCUAACGUUUCACCAGGAGAACAAGCAACUAGUAAUUUUUCCUGACUCCAGAAACCUAGAUGAAAUCAUUACACACCCAAGAUCAGGUGUCACUAUGUUUACCGAGUGGAUGGAGACGAACAAAAAGCAUGAAGAUGCCAGAGAAUUAACAUAUUCAGAGUUUCCUACAAAAUGGACAUGGAAUCACACAGAAAAGAAGUGGACACGGAGAAGAGGAGGAAAGAAAAUUGGCAGGAUCUACAAUGCACAUCCUGCAAGUGGAGAAAGGUACUAUCUUAGAGUUCUCCUCAACACUGCGAAGGGUUGCAUGACAUUUGAAGACAUCAGGACAGUCAACGGAAUUGUGCAUUCGUCAUACAAAUCAGCAUGUCGUGCGCUAGGAUUUCUGAACAAUGACAAUGAGUGGAUUGAAUGCAUCAAGGAAGCAUCCAACUGGGCAUCUGGGGUGCAACUACGACAAUUGUUUGCAACUAUACUGUGCCACUGUGAGGUUACUGACCCAAGGAUGUUAUGGGAAUCCAACUGGGAGGUUCUCUGUAAAGACAUACAGCAUACACCAAGCUGGAUCUUGGACUUUCCAGCCCCCUUCAGUCCUUCACACAAAAGGGAAUGCAGUUUAAUGGAAAUUGAGAAGCAAAUGGGACAAGCUGGAAAAUCACUAAAGGAAUACCCUGGCAUGGAGCUACCAAAUAUGCCCGGGUUACAUGAAACUGAGAAAAGGCUUAUAAAUGAAGAGAUGAACUAUGACAAAGACAAACUGAAGGGUGAGCACGUGCAAAUACUAAAGAAUCUAAAUUUUGAUCAGAAGAAGGCCUUUGAUGCAAUAAUAGAAUCAGCUGAUCAAUCAUUAGGGAGAAUAAUAUUUGUGGAUGGCCAUGGUGGGACAGGUAAGACAUACCUUUGGAAAGCUAUCACAACAAGGCUAAGAUCAGAGGGGAAAAUCGUACUUGCAGUUGCAUCUUCUGGCGUCGCAGCACUUCUGCUUCAAGGAGGUAGAACAGCACACUCAACGUUCAAUAUUCCAAUCAAUCUGACAGAUCAAUCUACAUGCUACAUCAAACAAGGUUCAGAUGUGGCGGAUUUAUUAAUGAGGACGUCACUAAUACUGUGGGACGAAGCUCCAAUGGCAAACAAACAAUGCUUUGAGGCACUUGACAAGAGCCUAAGGGACGUGCUGAGGUUCACAAAUGAGAAUAGUUGUGCCAAGCCCUUUGGCGGCAUGACUGUUGUUCUUGGAGGGGACUUCCGACAAAUCCUCCCUGUUGUGCCAAAAGGAGGACGGGAGCACAUUAUAGAUGCAUCAAUCAAAUGUUCAUACCUCUGGCAAUAUUUCGAGGUAUUUAAUCUGACAAAAAAUAUGCGGCUCAAAUCUCUAUCCAGUGAUCAAGCAGAGCAGCAGAAGACUGCGGAAUUUGCGGAGUGGAUACUACAGAUUGGCAAUGGAGACACAUGUUUACUAGAUAAAAAGGACUAUCUAGGUAUCCCCAGUGACCUGCUGCUAGAAAAUAGAGAUGAUCCAAAAACAGAAAUCAUCCAAAGUACCUAUCCUGACCUGCAAGACAAUCUCUGCAAACACGAGUUCCUGGAAGAAAGGGCGAUACUGUGUCCAUUGAACGAGACAGUCAAUGAAAUCAAUGAGUAUAUUAUGAGUCAAAUCCAAGGUGACAAGGUGACGUACCUGAGCCAUGACAGUGUGAGCACAUCGAUGAAUUACAGCCAUGAAAUGGAAUUGUUGUAUACUACAGAGUUUCUAAACAAGUUAAAGCAUCCGGGAUGUCCAAAACACCUACUUGAGCUCAAAGUUGGUCUGCCAGUGAUGCUUCUCCGCAACAUCAAUCAAAGUGCAGGGCUGUGCAACGGUACUAGAAUGAUAAUCACAAAACUUGGAGAAAGAGUCAUCGAAGCGCAGAUCAUAACUGGAGCACACGUCGGUGCUAAGGUGUGCAUCCCUCAGAUCAUCAUGUUGCCAUUCGAGCCUAAAUGGCCAUUUGUUCUAAAAAGAAAGCAAUAUCCUCUCUCUGUGUGCUUCGCGAUGACAAUCCACAAGAGCCAGGGACAAUCUUUGAACAAGGUCGGCCUCUACUUGCCCAGGCAAGUUUUUGCUCAUGGGCAACUCUAUGUGGCAGUCUCCAGAGUAACAAACAGGCAUGGCCUGAAGAUCCUGAUCACUGACGAGGAAGAGCACGCAAGCAAAGGAAAGGCGAAAAACAUAGUGUACAAGGAGAUCUUCUAAAUGCCUAUCUGUAGCAGUGUAGUACUGUUCUAUGUAGACUGUAGUAAAUAAUGUUAUGUCAAAAUUGGCCGUUCUGCUGUUCCGGCCAUUAAUAAUCUAGUGUUCUAGAGCACGGUUGCAGCGCAACUGAUGCCAAGACUCU